AUGGCCUCUGUGUCCCUGGCGUCGCAGUUGCCAACCUCGCUUCUUGACAAACGCGCGGAUAUUACCCCCGGGUCUCCGCUGUAUAACUGCCACGAAUCAUGCGGUGAGGUCAUACUCAUCUCCAGGGCUGGCAACUACUGUGACAACUCUACGUUUACCUCUGACCUGAAGUCUUGUCUCAAAUGUGCCCUCUCUUACAACAUUUGGAAAUACUAUGGCUCGGAGGUCAAGUCAGCUGCCGACGGAUGCAAUGACGACGCGACUCCUAGCCCUUCAUCUGCGACUUCGGCAGCUGUGGCUACGGCCACCACCCGUGGGACAAGCUCAUCAUCAACCACUGCUACUGGUAUCUCGACUGCCGCCGGGAAUACAACAGCGUCAGGAACGACUACGGCAUCGUCCGCGGCUGCUACAACGGGUGCUGCAUCUACCAUUGAGCAAAAUGCAGGGUUACCUAUCAUGAUGGGGCUUUUGGCUUGGACUGUGGCGGCAUAA